AUGACAUCGAAUGUAAUACUGUUCGAGGACAGGUGCGAUUGCGAAGCCAAGUUGCCGCGACAGUUCGACGUGCUGACGUCUAAAGUGGCAUUGAUUGGUAAUUCCACUGUGGGUAAGACUUGCAUGGUUGGACGUUGGAUCAAGGGCCACUCAGUGCUUCAUGAUGUUGAUGAAACCGGAGAGCAUGAGGAAGAUUUGUUCCAUAAGAUUAUCGAAUAUGAUGCGUUAACGAAAUCGGCCAAUUUCCAGGAAUGUUGCAAGUUGUUGAAGCAUGCUUCACUCGAUGAGAUUAAAAAAGUGAGCAGUAACGUGUAUCAGAAUAUGGCAUACUCAGAUUCACAAAACACCAAAUACGAUGCGACUCUGAAAUUGGACGUCCAGGUCGUCGACGUGACGCACUUCGAUGCGACAGAUUACUCGGAUCUCAGACAUUUACAAGUGAACCAAGCAGAUGGGUUUAUCUUAUGUUAUGACACCACCAACCCUGCAACGUUAGCGGAUAUGACGUUGUACCACAGAAUAAUCACAAGAAUCAAAGGUGACGACGUGCCAAUCAUAGUGUGUGGGACCAAGAUAGACUGCAUAUCAGAAAGGAAAGUAUCCGAGGAUGAAGUUAUCGGAUUAUGUGAAGAGAUGGGAGUAGAUUUCGAUACCUGUUACUUUGAGAAUUCAGCGAUGGAAAAUAUCAACAUCGAUGAAACUUUCUAUGCUAUAUUGCAUUUGAUAGAGAAAAGGAAACUAGCCAAGACUCAUACCAAUUGUUGUAAAGAACCUCAGCACCAUUCAAUGGCAAAUGGGACCGUGUUAGAAAAGCCAAAAUUCACAAAUUAUUUGCAAUCUUCACCUGCGAGUAGUCCAUUGAAGGAUUCGGAAAGUACAGCGGUCAGUGUACCACCAAAAAGUCCCACAUUAGGAGAGUAUUCCACCACUUCGAUUUCCAUACCUUUGUUGGAUACUCCUACACCGCCCUCGCCAGCUGCAGAACAAGCUAAUAGUAUCAAAAACUUUGAAAACUAUCGUGAAGAUGCUGAUGAGAAGACGGACAUGGAGGCACGAUUCGAGACUAAGAGAGCAACUACGAUACAUUCCAUGCGGACCAUGGAACAAAAUAGCUCAUCAUCGGAGAGUAAUUCGGCUCGUUCCUCGAGAUCAAAGGGAAAGAGGAACGAAAAGAAGAAACGUUCUUCUUCCGGUAACACCUGCUGCAUCAUCUGUUAG